UGACGGCUAUGUUAACUUGACUAACAGCAGUUAGCCGGCCAAAUACCGUUGAAAGCUUGUGGAUCAAGUGUGUACGUUCGUAUAUGCACUGCGAAACCGGUUGGAUGGGCAAUUCUACAUCAUUUGUUUAAAAUAGAUAUGUAUAUCCAUUACAUUUUUAACCCGAGCCUUCGGUCCAAAAGUUUGGGUUCAUUUGGUUCAGUCGGAAACAUUGAAACGCCCGUGACGGUGACUCGCUUUUCGGACUCUUGGCGAAAUUAUCUAUGCUAAAUGUGCUGAAGAGCUGUGUUUAGAUUACGGGCUGCCCAUAGCUACCCCCGUUACUAUCAGUUUUAUCAGUUGUCGUUCAGCAAUCGCUUCGGAAAUCACUUAUUAGCCCACAGAAUUUCGGCCGCCGACGCAUUCAAGAAAAGACCACGAUUUGGCUCGGGCCGGAGCUCUGCUAAGCUCAAUAUGGAAAUAAUAGUCAAUUUUCUGCAAAAAAUUGCCCCUGCGCUUCUUACCCAUGGCAUUCUCGGCAUUAUCGCUUUCUGUUUGAGGCUGUAUAUGCAGGGGGGGAAGUUCAGGAAGCAGACCGAUGAGACUGGAAAAGUUGCCAUCGUCACGGGCGGAAAUACGGGUCUUGGCAAGGAGACUGUGAUGGAGUUGGCCAGGAGAGGCGCUACCAUUUACAUGGCGUGUCGAAAUAAGGAAAAGGGUGAAAAGGCCCGGCGGGAGAUCGUCAAAACAACUGGGAACUCGAACGUUUUCUCUCGGGAAUGCGACUUGUCUUCUCAGGAUUCCAUUCGAGAAUUCGUCUCAGGCUUCAAGAAAGAGCAAAGGGAACUGCACAUACUGAUCAACAACGCCGGUGUCUUCUGGGUGCCGCGCAGCCUCACCAAGGAGGGAUACGAAAUGCACCUGGGAGUGAACCACAUUGGCCACUUUCUGCUCACCCACCUGCUACUGGAUGUGCUGAAGAGAUCAGCUCCUAGUCGGGUGGUUGUGGUGUCCAGCAAGGCACACGAACGCGGCCAGAUCCAGUCGGAGGACAUAAACAGCAACAGGUCCUACGACGAGGGAGUUGCUUACUGCCAAAGCAAGCUGGCAAAUAUACUCUUUGCUCGCGAAUUGGCCAUACGCCUGGAGGGAACCGGGGUCACGGUCAAUGCCCUCAAUCCAGGGAUUGCAGACACGGAGAUAGCAAGGAAUGUGAUCUUCUUUCAAACCAAGUUUGCUCAGUAUGUGAACCAUCCUGAGGCCGCUGCUCUGGUCGCUCAUGAAAACUCCAAGGAACGGGGCCCAGACCACUCUGUACGCCGCCCUAGACCCCGAUCUCGAAACAGUAUCCGGUCAAUACUUCAGCGACUGCAAGCCGGCCCCAUUGGCCCCAGCAGCCCUAGACGAUCAGAUGGGCCAGUGGCUGUGGGCCAAGACGGAGAAAUGGGCUGGCAUUCCUCUCUGACUUGGGCGGGGAGGGUAGUAUUAGGCACCUAGUCGCUGUUAAAGCCAAGUUAAUUGUUUUAAAAGUCACUCUUAGUUAUAAAAAAAUAAAACGAA